AUGUAUCUUUUCCCUUGGGAGAUUCACCAAUAUAUUGCAAAAGACGUUGAGCAGGCUGUCAGUGCCUUCACGCGUCUUCUUGACGCUAUCGAGGGUCGACAUCCAUCGAAGUCAACAGAUACAACACAUGACAGUGGCAAAAGCCAGCCGAGCUUUGAAGGCAUAGCUCUCCCAUACUCGGAAUCGGUCAUGGAUGCAUCUUUCAUAGAAGCGGACUCAUUUAUCAAAUCUUUCCUUUCCGCUCUUCCUGCCCGCCGCAUCAAAUUCAGCCAUAUUGCUCCGGGCAUACGGCUUCAAACACCGAUCGAAUCCACGAACCAACCACUUGCUGACCGCCGGCACAAUGUUCUUAUCCCAGAUCUGUUUGGUACCAACCAGGAACCACCCUCGUUCCAUUUCUUGUUAUUCCGAGGGGAGAGGGAGAACAAGUCACCCUGGACUCGGCCCUGGUUUCCUGACGGGAACGCAGAGAACAUCCCCUCUGGGUUGUACAUUGAGCCCACCGAUAAAAGCUUCAACUGGGAGUCUGGCAACCGCAGCCGACUCUUGCUACCGUUCAGCAUCGGCAGUAAUGGAUUUGCUCGGAGUAGCAAUGGUAUUCCAUUCAAACUUGCCAGGUGUCCAGGAACUGAGUGGUCUGAUCAACUCUACCACGAGGGUUCGUUCAGUGGAUAUAGUGGCUUUUUACCAUGGGACUCCCGCAGUUCGUAUCUGCACAAGGUUUUGGAAAGUUGGGCUGAACGAGUGGAAAUGGGUGAUUGGCAGGUGGACGAAGACGGCGUUGUCGGUAGUAUUGACAAGUUCCAGGAAGCUGACUCGGAAGAUCAUUGGAGACAAUAUUUUAUUCCGUGGUGA